CCAAUAGCAAACCGACACUUUGCUGCCGCUGACAACGGCACCGCCUUCUUGGCGCCACUUUCACCUUCCUGUGUACUUCCGGAACAAAUGAAGGCCGUUGAUAUACACGUCGGCUUUUAUGGGAUUAUUGUGAUUGCGGUUUGUGUGUGUAAAAUGUUGAACUUCUUAAGUAUUCAAUGCCGCUACUAUUAAUAUAUUGGAUACUUUUUUAGUGUACAGCCCGUUCAAACUAAGGAAAUACAAAAUUAUGGCAUUGACUGUAGUUCUAAUGUCCGGCAUUUAAGCUCCCAAGUGGGAGUGGUUCUGAUCUUGGGAACACUGUUCUCAAUUGAUGAGAAGCUUUUAACAUCUUUAAUUGAAGUCAAGUGAUUAGACUUUGGAAGUGUAAUGUUUGUGUAGUUAGGCGAAGUGAUUAGUGACAUUUAGUUCAAGUGGAUUUUCUCCAGUAAGGUUUCGGUGAUCAUGCUGUCCAGCGUAUGGGUAUAUGUUAAAGCUUGAAGAGACGAGAAAACUGCUUGGAUGAAAAAUGGCAACUGUUAAAUUAAGUAUACAUGAUAAAAAGGAACUAGAUAAAUUUACAAAAUUUCUUGUUUUGAAAGCUGCGCAAAUAAUUAUUCAGUCGAGAUUAGGUGAGAAAGUGCACACCAAAUGCAAACCACACUCAACGGGGACAGAUUGGGUAAGCGGCAAUAAAGAACCCACUUUUAACCUGGCAAUAAAAGAUCUUCCCGAAGUGCUUGCAGAAGCCAAAAAGGCGUUGAGCGGUGAAAUGGCGUCUACUCACACGUCGCUGUGUGUGGAAAUAUCACUACGGACUGUUGAGGGCGAUGCAAUGGUAUUAGAGACUUGGUGUUUAGCUGUGUUACCAGACCAGUGUGAUACAUCUGCGAGAGUUACAUAUACAGUAUACAACAGAAUGGGCAUUUUGUUAAAGUCACUUGUUUCCGUGACUCGAGUUACUCCAGCAUACAAGUUGUCAAGAAGACAGAGCCCAGACUCCUAUGUAAUUUGUUAUAGAAUAUAUGUGGGAGAGCCCCAACUUCACACUCUCGGUGAAGGCUACAACAAACUGAGAGUUGGACAGCUGUGCACACCUGUAGGCACAAUACAUCUUACGGUGGCAUACAGAACAAAAAUGACUAUCUCACCACAGCACACAGGCAAAGAUAGCUCCAUAAUGUUGAAAAGUGAUCAUUUCCACUCUGACCUCAGUCCGAAGCAUGGACGAUACCAACAAAGUGAAGACAAUGCCUCAUCUCUGUCAGAAACCAUGAAGCUUGGAGCAUUUGCAGAUAGUAAAAGGCAUCCUUUGAAAGCUGUUGAACCAGAGCUCAUAAUUCCAAAUGUUCCAUUCAGUAGUUUGUUAACUCCAAAGCAACAAUUACCAUUACAAAGUCCAAUGCCACAACAGCAAAACAAAGAUCAGCAACAACCAUCAAGGGAAAGUGAAGCGGAAGACGAAGGGAAUGGUAAUCUUACACCUCACUGUCAUUCACCAACAGAAUCAAGGCGAUCAAGCUGUUCUGUAAACGAAGAUUUUAUUAUGGUGGACUUGAAAACCCCAUUUGCUGGGAGCAAUGCCAACAGCGACUUAGGAGCAUUCUAUCGUGAAUGUCAGAGUGCUCCCCAGCUCAAGACUUUCAUGGAACAGCCAACUCUUGCGGAACAAGUUAGUGACAUCUCGAAAACACUUGAAGCAUUCGAAUCAAGUAUGCGUGAAUAUGAUGACAUGUUAAAUUCUCUUUGUAUAAAUGAUAACAACAACUAACCUAGCACAGACCAUGAAACUAUGUAUUUAGGUGUGUAAUAUACAGAUUACAUGAGAGACUGUGUGUGUGUGUGUGUGUGUGUGUGUGUGUGUGUGUGUGUGUGUGUGUGUGUGUGUGUGUACGUGUACGUACAUCUCAUACAUGAAAAUGGCAUAUCAAGAGUUGUCAGGCUAGUUCUCUCUCUCUCUCUCUCUCUCUCUCUCUCUCUCUCUCUCUCUCUCCCCCCCUCUCUCUCACUCCCCCUCCAUCCCCCUUUCUCCCUCUGCCUCAUAAGUGGGUGGCUGGAUGUGCAUGCAUGCGUGGGUGUCCCCCUUUCCCUACCUACUAUGUGCUGAGAGAGAGAGAGAUGUGGGAAGGAUAUAUAAUCAUGCCUUAUUUUGUUGCUGAUGAUUUUGCAAGACUGUUUAUGUAAUUCUUCAAAGAUUUACAUAUUAAUUUUGUUUUACUAUGUUUUUAAGGAAAUAAAAUUUAUUUUGUACUGAUAAAUGUAAAAAUAUAUUUUAGCAAAACUUUUGUUGAAGUGGAGUGUUUUGUACAUAAAUAAUGUAAAGAUAUUUGUAUAUAUUAUAUACAAAAAAUGAAAUGUACUAGUCAUUGUUAUAAGGAAAAUGACACUCCAAAGCUUCAUUGAGGCCUUUGUGUUUUAUGUUAUGACUGUUUGAUGAUGUUACAGUGUGCUGGCUCAUACUGAGUCAAAUGAAGUUUUAUAUAGCAAAUAAGUGGAGCAGGUGUGAUCAGGAAAUGUAUAUAAAAUGUAUGAAGUCAGUUUUGUAAGUAUUGAAUUUAAAGUAGCCAAUCUGAACAAACCUACUGAAUCUAGGCAGGGUGUGUUUUUGACAUUCUGCAUUGGAUUCUAGAGUUAAGUUUCAUCACCACCAUUUCUGAUGAGUAAGUCCAAGGCCAGCCAAACUGGCAUAGUGAAUGUGUGAACUAAAUCAGUGGCUAGUGUUUUCAAAUCACUGCACGACUUUCCUGAAUAAUAUUUUUGUGCUUACCCCUUUUUCAGGUGAAUAGGGUGAUAGCUGCUUCAACAACACUAUGACUGAUGUCAGUGCCUGCCUCUUUUGAACUAUUGUGCUGCAGUCUCUAGUGUCUUCACAGCUGAUGGAAGUGAGCUAAGACUAUAACACAGUAGAUAUGUGCCAUAGCUAUUAAAAGGACACACAAAGCUUUAUUGUUGUCUACUUUAUCUUAUGUAGGAAUAAAGUUCCCUCUUUGACAUUUAGUACCCUUAUAAUUACUUUCCCACAUAGGACAGUUGCAGCUGUUCAUCAUAUUGCAUGUAGCAGAAGGCAAACAUUCAUAAAAAGUUAGGUACAGUUUCACAGCCUAAUGUCCAAAAGCUGUGAAGUGUCAAGUCAUUUCACAGAAAUGCUGAUCCAAUCCAGCAAAACAGUUGUUACUAUUUUGACUGUGCCAUUGUCACUUGAUAUUACAUAAAGGCAGUUGCAUUGUAUCAGUUUGGAAUUUUUGUCAAAGCUCCUUUUAUUUAAGAUAGUUUUACUUUAAAAUUAUUUUUUGUUCUUACGUUACACUGCAGCAGAAGUAGCCAUUUCUAAAAGAGUUCUCAGAAAUACUUUGGUUGAAAAGUUAGUCCUAAGUAAUGUCUCAGCCGUGACAUUUACAUUGGACUCCUGAAACCAGAUUUCGUAAACAGAUUUCCCAUUGCCACUUCUGGAUGGUCCUGUAAAGACUUCAAAAUCAAUUCUGGAAAUUCGCCUCUGGUUAUCAGUUUUCUAAUUCCACAAUAGAUUUUCACACCCAUGUAAAAACAGCCGGUUUUGAAACAUGCUUGGGCUGUCAGGUUUCAUCUAGUUUUUAAAAUGUUUUGGCUGAUAUGGAUGGAGUGGCUUCUUUUACAGUGAAGGAUAAGUGUAAAUAUUACACUGAACCUGUUUACGCUGUGUCUGUCUGAAGAGAAAUGGAAUCAGUGCCGACUAAAUCGUAAACUGUAACAGCUGCUUUCCAGGCACCGUAUUUAACUGGACUAACAAAUCUGCAUCAGACCUUAAUACGUAAACAUGACAGUGGAAAAACAGUUUCCAAAAUUCAGUUUUAGACUUUCAGAAGAUGUAUUGAGUACGAUCUUAGCAAAUGUUGCCUUUGUGUGUUUCAGGAAAAAGAAAAGUAGAAACCGCUCAGCAUGUGUAUAAUUCUGUAUGAAAAAUUGAGAGGGGGCAAAAACAUGUUUUGGCUGAAUUGUCCAACACAUUCUUCCCUCAAAUAGAGUGCUUGAAGCAGCCCCUGGCUUAAAUUUCCACGUAUCAAAACUUUUCUUAAUGUGCAAUGGUGCACAGGAGGAACACACACAAUUUUCCGUCCUGUUGAUGAUAAGGUUGUUAGCUAUUUAGCACAAGUGGGAACCAGGAUGAGGCAGAAAAUGGAUUGAUGUCAUUUCGAAGAUCAAAAAGCAUUUGUCUGAAGUGAUAGUGGAAAGCAAAAUUUAGGGUUCUUGGAAGGAGUUUUUAAUGUGAAUCGCAUUCCUCCAGUGCCUUAACUACUGGGCCAUUUCUGUAGAGUUGUGCACAGAAGACUGAUGUUUGUGCCGCAAGUUAUGUUUUAAACAGCAAGUACCGAGUAUCCUACGCAGGAAAUUGAUGUCUGUUGUCUAGUUUGUUCCAGAUUGUGCCACCUAGAUUCUGUUGUUCUGUAUAUAUCCUGAUCACACCUCCUACAGUGAGAUCUGAGAUUCAUCAUGUAAAUACGCACUUAGUUAAUAUUUUAAUAUGUAUCUGAAGUAAUGGUUCUAUUUGUAAAACUCCUAUUUAUUAAAUUUAAAAUGAGUUUGCAAAAAAUGGUUUGAUGAUAUCUUCCUUGUUGGUUUAUUCUUAAGAUUCAGUACAAGAACAGUGUUGUCUUUUACUGUUUGUUUGUGACUGCUUUUCGGUUUCAUUUGAUAUUCAUUUUCUUGCCUUCAUAAAUUUUGUAAUGAAUAUCAAACAAUAGAAAGGAACAAAAACUGGCAUAGUAUUAUUCCAUGUCUUUACGAAACCCAUUAAAAAGAAUUUACAUUUCUAAGGAUUUCAAAAGGCCAUAUGUCAUUUAUGUUUGGAAUUACCAGUUUUAUACAUGUUUUGUGUUUUAUAGAUUUUUAGUGAGUCCACAAUUUCUUUUGGUUUACAUUACAUAACAAAAAAUGGCAAUUUUCUAACGAAUGUCUGAAACAGCUACAUUAGAUUGUGAGAGAUCAUGAGACUUAUGUUUGUGCUUGGGUUGUCAAUAUAUUUAGAACAAAAAAAACACAAGAAUUGAGAUAUUGGAAGCCGCCUCUAGUGAAACAACAGAUAUUGAUUUGUCUAGGAAUUUGUAGAGAAACAAAAUGGCGAUUCUGUAUAUUUAAACUUGACAAAAACGAAUACAUUGAAGAAAGUUAUUAUGUACAUUCUGUGUCAUCGGAUCUAAAAAUAUACAUUUCAACCAUUUAAACAUAUACACACAUUUAAUCUGUUCAUAUUUAUAUGCUGAAUAGCAAUUUAAGAUAUUAUUCAGAGGCUAUGAAAACCUGAAAUAUUUUUAAGGCAGAAAAUCAGGCAUUGUAUUGAAUAAUUGAUGUAAAUGCUUUGAAAUUAUUAGGACAGGCAAGGCACGAAGUUUUGUUAGGUUGUGUGACAGGCGAGUUUAUACAUUUUGAUUACAUUGUACAAGUGCACUAAUUAAUUUAGGUAUAUAGGAUAUUGUUCUAAAACUGAUGUUCCUUUAUCACAGUUUUACAUUGUAAAUCUUUAGUGAUGUUAAUCUUAUAAGAAAGUCAGUGGCUAAAGGUUGUGAGAGUGAAUUUAAUGUAUCGUAUCACUGUCAUCCUGGCUCAGAUCUUUAUGUAUGAAACUGGCAGGAUACUUUAAAUAAAGACUGUAUUUUUUGUUGCAAUUAAAAUGCAUAGCUCGAUCGAUGCACAUGCAUUCAUGUAACUAUUUGCAAAUUUAAUAUUGAAAAUAAAUUAUUGCUGUAACGUAA